AUGGGUGUUGUAGGGUUGUCGUCUCACAUCCGCAGAGACUUUAGUAGCUUCCGAACAACAAGGCUGCAUAACUCAUUUAUUGUAUUUGAUGGGUUUAAUAUGAUAAAUCACCUCUACAUAAAUUCAGGGAUCCUAACACAAUAUAAUGGAGAGUACAUGGCUUUCGAUGUUGCUACAGAAGGGUUUAUAUUGAAGCUUCGUCAGUGUAAUCUCGAACCUAUUUUUGUUUUCGACGGCAUUCAUGAGGUAUAUUACCUCCGAAUUAGUGUUCAACCACCGCUUGUAUCUACCUCAUUUCUAAGUAUCCUUGACCGUCUUGGGGUGUUUCACAUCACCGUUGAUUUUGAAGCAGAUCAACUGGCAGCUGCCCUUGCUAUCCAUUUGGGUGCUCCAUUAGUUUCCAAUGACUCGGAUUUUUUUAUAUUUGCCCCAUAUUGGGCCAGCUACGGUGGCCUGAUUUUUAUUCCCACUGACCUUUGUGAUUUUGAAACUACUCACGCCUUCGAUGGAGGCCAUUAUCUUGAAGCACAGAUGUUUGUUGCAAAAGAGGGUCGGACCUUCCGAAAUUUGGCCCCAAUUCAGCUUCCCUUGUUCGCUGUUCUUUGUGGUAACGACUACACCCCGCCUGGAUAUUUUAACUCUCGUCUCCCAGGAUCGGCUCCUCAGCAACCCUUUGUUAGACCAACGGGUCAAGCCGCAUCCAAACCAGCUGUUUUUUCCCGUAACGCAGAAAAGUUCCGACGUCUAGGCGAUUGGCUAUCAGGAUUCGGAGAUGACAUCGUGGAGCCCGUGGACAGAAUCAUUUCCAGGUUUCCGAUAGCGGAGAGGCCUCAAGCUGCUCAUUACCUACACACUGGGCUAGCCUCCUAUUACGUCCCCAUGGAUCAGCUUACGCCAUACCUGGAGUACCUAUUUGGUAGAGAACCUCCAUCGUGUAGUGUGACGCAGGUAGUGCCACAUGAUUUACAUCCCUCAAGUCAGCAAUACGGGCUUCGCGCACUGCAAAUUUUAGCAGAAGGCAUUCCUGGUCCACAACUGACCACAGGCUGGUCUCCUCGUCUAACAAAUUUUUUUCGCCAAAGACGGAUAAUGCCCGCUUAUUGUGAUGCGAUCUACUCAUUUGGGAUCAUGAUGGGUUCAGGAGUAGAAGACGUCCAAAACCGUGAAUCUAACCACCUGUGUUCAUUGCCACUUCGUCAACUCUUUGUUGGACUCCUACUGGGUGCAAGCACUGCUGACAGACGUACCUUGCCAGGCGUUAACGGUCCGUCUCACCGUCCAUUCUUUUGUGAGUAUAGACGCGUCGGUUGCUCCCGUAUCGAAAAGCACCGAGUCAACUUCGAGCGACAAAGCUUGCGUGGUUCCAGGGCGUUUGUGUUUCUGCAACAAAAGCUAUGCCUUCCAGAUCGACCACCAGUUAUUCCAGCGUGGCUACAUGGACUCGCUUGCAUCCUGUUUCUCUGGGCGCGAUUUGAUGCGCGUCCAGAAACUGCAAGACUGUGUUGUUCUCCUAUCGCCUUGGCUGUGUGCGCCUGUGCGAUCGCUGCUCAGAUUCGUCUGCUUGGUGGUGGUAGUGGUGACAAUGCAGUUCGAGUGGCGAUGGUGCGCAAUUUUUGGUCGUUGCGUCCAUCGAAUGUGACGGAGCCUCUCAACUUCAGUUUUCUGCAUGCCCUCGCUCAACUGCAAUCUGUACACUACGGCUUAGCGACCCUUGUUUCGUUGGUGGACGCGUUGGCAACUGGAGACGACAAAUGUGGAGUGGAGGUGUUGCCACCACAGGUGGUGUUUCCUUCUGGACGACUGGCCCAUCACAUUGCAUGUCAGCUGUCGAAAGUUGCAGCUGCCGAGAGAUUGCGGACUGUUGUUACAGACUGGCUUCCACGUCUUGUGGGGAAAGUUGAAACUCGACUCUUAGAACAAGUGACCUCGAUGUAUUCUGGCUUAAUGAAAUUUGUUGAUAGCUUGAUAGCUGCAACUCCACCCGCUGCUUUCCGCGCCUUUCAGCGACCACAGAACAAUGAGCAGCAUAUUUCUAAUCACUCCGAACCGUCCUCUAACGCUUUUUAUAGAGAAACAGACCAGUCACAAGCCAGUACCAGCGGUCGAAGCAGUGCAUCUCGCGCCAAACGUCCCAUGUCAGGCGUAGACUCCACUUCGUCGAGACUCGAAGAUGCUAUGUCCAAGAUGAGAACAAUUUUGAAUCGGAACCGUGACCGCUUAAUCACCUGCUUCAAUCUUCAGACGGCUGCCACUGACUUACCAUUACAAGACGGUGGUUUCAGAGAUUUUCGGAUGAGUCUGCUGCCACCUCUCGCAUAUCCGUCUUUUCUGAGCACUCUUGACCGCCUUGGAGUGCUUCACAUUGCCGCCGACUUCGAGGCAGAUCGGGUUGCGGCCGCCCUUGCCAUCCACUUAGGUGCUCCACUGGUUUCGAACGACUCGGAUUUUUAUAUAUUCGCCCCAUACUGGGCGAGCAGUGGUGGUCUUACAUACAUUCCUACUGAUCUUUGUGAUUUUGAAACCCCACGAUCCUUCGAUGGGGGCUAUUACCUUGAAGCACAGAUGUUUGUGGCGAGAGAGGGUCGUACGUUCCAGGGGUUAGCACCAAUCCAGCGUCCUCUAUUUGCAGUGCUCUGUGGCAAUGACUACAUUCCAUUCGGGUACUUUGACAAUUAUAUUCCUGAACCUGCUACUCAACAGCAUUUUGUCGAACAUGACGAUCAAGCAGCAUCCAGAUCAGCCGGUCCAUCUCGUAAAUCCGCGAAAUUUCAGCGUGUGGUAGAUUGGCUGUCAGGAUUCGGAGGUGACAUCGUGGAGCCCGUGAACAGAAUCAUAUCUAGAUUUCCGCUAGCGGAGAGGCCUCAAGCUGCACAUAACCUGCACACUGCGCUUGCCUCCUAUUCUGUCCCCAUGGAUCAGCUUACGCCAUACCUGGAGUACCUAUUUGAUGGAAAAACCCCAUCCUGUCGUGUGAGGCAGGUAAUACCACAUGAUUUGCAUCCCUUAAGUCAGACGAAUGGGCUUCGUGCAUUAAAAAUUUUGGUAGAAGGUAAUUCUGACCCACAAUUGUCCGCAGGAUGGUCUCCUCGCCUAACGAAAGCUUUUCGCCAAAGCCAAAUACAGCCCGGUUUUUGUGAUGCGUUGUACUCGUUUGGGAUCGUGAUGACUCCGAGAGUAGAAGACGUCCAAAAUCGCGAAUCUAGCCACUUGUGUUCACUACCACUUCGUCAACUCUUUGUUGGACUCCUACUGGGUGCAAGCACUGCUGACAGACGUACCUUGCCGGGUACUGACGGUCCGUCUCAUCGUCCGUUCUUUUGUGAGUAUAGACGCGUCGGUUGCUCUUGUAUCGAAAAGCACCAAGUCACCUUCAAGCAACAAACCUUGCGUGGUUCUAAGGCAUUUACAUUUCUGCAACAGAAGCUAUGCCUUCCAAAUCGACCACCAGUUAUUCCAGCGUGGCUACAUGGACUCGCUUGCAUCCUGUUUCUGUGGGCGCGGUUUGAUGCACGUCCAGAAACUGCAAGACUAUGCUAUUCUCCUAUCGCCUUGGCUGUGUGCGCCUGUGCGAUCGCUGCUCAGAUGCGUAUGCUUGGCGGUGGUAGUGGUGACAAUGGAGUUCGAGUGGCGAUGGUGCGUCAUUUUCGGUCGUUGCGUCCAUCGAAUGUGACGGAGCCUCUCAACUUCAGUAUUCUACACGCCCUCGCUCAACUGCAAUCUGUACAUUCUGGAUUUGCCACACUUGUUUCGUUGGUGGACGCGUUGGCAACUGGGGACGAUGAAUGUGGAGUGGAGGUGUUGCCACCACAGGUGGUGUUUCCUUCUGGACGACUGGCCCAUCACAUUGCAUGUCAGCUGUCGAAAGUUGCAGCUGCCGAGAGAUUGCGGACUGUUGUUACAGACUGGCUUCCACGUCUUGUGGGGAAAGUUGAAACUCGACUCUUAGAACAAGUGGCGUCCACGUACUCCUUCUUGAUGAGAUUUGUGGAUGACAUUUGA